UUCUUUUCCACGUUAAUAAUCUUAUGGGCGAAAAAUAGUUCGGUUCGAGCGGCCGUCGUGGGCGUGAUUGGUUAUUUGGUUUCUCUCUCCGUAAGACCGCGUGUAAAAUUGACAUCAGCGCCAGCCCUCCCUCAUUUUUUCAUGUUUUCUUAGCUUAGCUAUUCUAGCGCGGUGCGUAAGAAACAUUUUAAGGCAAAUUGAGGUUAGGUUACGGUGGAACACACAUCAGACAUCACAUGUUAUCGCUUCGAACGAAAUUGUAAUUUGAAAAAAAAUGACAAUUGUUAAAAAUUUAUAAAGUUCGAAUCUAGUCUUCAGCACACAUGAUUUUCAGUAAAUUUUACUGUCUGACCACUUUCCACAGACGUACUACGAUUAUUAUUCGUCAGUACGCUAAAUAUCAAUCUUUUCGACCCUUGAUUAUGCCAAAGGACAACAAAGAAUAUUUAAUGGAAUUACAAAAGCAGCGCAAGAGAUUAAAAGCCCAAUCGGCUAAGUAUACGCCUACGCACAUUUACAUGCAGGUUUUGAGCAAUGGUACUCGUGCUGAGUCUAGGUCACUGCUACUUGUGACCGAUCACACAAACUAUUUAUUCAACUGUGGAGAAGGCACUCAGCGAUUAGCCGCAGAGCAUCAUGCAAAACUCACAAAAAUAGAACAUGUAUUUGUAACGUCAUCAACUUGGGAGAACAUGGGUGGUAUUCCAGGUGUUGCCCUCACAAUACAAGACACUGGAGUACCAAAACUCAACUUGCAUGGACCAGAUGGAUCGAUUGAUAUCAUUGAAGCUACUAAAAAUUUCAUUACUCUAAACCAACUCACUGUUACAGCACAAGAUACCACCAGUCCAUUUAGCGAUCAAACAAUGUCCGUUACCUAUCUACCGAUAAAGAGUCCAAAACCCCCUGCACCAGUUGAAGAGCAAAGUUCUAGAAUAUUUGUUGACAAUACUAAUUAUUACGACUAUCAGGUCAAUUCCAAUGGUAAAAGAUCCCAUUCACCACCUAGUUCUCCCAGGCAAAGAUCAAGAUCGGUAUCGCUGGAAGAUAAAAGUAGAAUAGAUCACACAAUGGUUUACAUUUGUAAAGUGCAUCCCAAAACUGGAACUUUGGAUAUGGCAAAAUGUGUUGAUGCAGGUGUUACACCAGGACCUCAUUUAGGAAAAUUAAAGGCUGGAGAAGACAUAACAUUACCUGAUGGUAGGGUAAUAAAAAGUAAGGAUGUAGUUUCACCAUCACAAAUAGGUCCUCUAUUUAUUGUUUUAGAAUGCCCUGAUGAAGACUGGAUCGAUGUUAUUGUUGAAAAUCCAGCUUUCCUAAAAUAUCAGGAAGGUACUGCAAAAAUAGAGGAAGAAAUAGCAAGGUAUAUUGUACAUUUUUCAACAAAGAAUGUACUUGAAAAUCCAAAAUACAAAGAUUGGAUGCGCAAAUUUGGUUCGAAAACUCAACAUCUGAUCAUAAAUGAAGAAAAUAAGGGAUACUGCAGUGAAGCAAUGCAUAAAAUGCAACAUCAACUACAUCUAAUUCACCCUGAUAUAUUUCCUUUUCUUGGCGAAAAUAAAAAUUUUGCAGAGCAUAAUCCAGAUGCGGAUCCACUGAAAAAAAUCAGAGACAAGCUGAAAUCCAUCGAAGAAAAUUCUGAACAAAGUGAAAACGAGCCAUCAAAGACGUGUGAAACUACCGAAACCGACGUAUCUGUGGUGCAAAAUGAUGGACUUUUUAUUCACCAAUGCCAAACCCUGAACACCAUUCAUUUAAGACCAAACACUGGCUUGGACAAGACUUCGAUUGUACGAAUAAAUCCGAAAGAAUACAUUCAAGACGUAUUUGCAGUUGACGGAUUCUUAGAUGCCCUUGCAGAUUUGCAAACUCAGUUAAACGCCAAAACGAAACCGUUAGGAAAUGAAAAAGUAAAUGUAAAAGAAUACCCACGAUUGGUAAUGUUAGGAACGGGUUCUUCGAUACCAAAUAAAGUAAGAAAUACCAGUGGUAUACUUUUCCAAGUGAAUGAAGAUACAAGCAUUAUCUUAGACUGUGGAGAAGCGACCAUGGGUCAAAUUAUAAGAUUUUUCGGUGUUUCAGAAGCCGAUCGCGUUCUAAAGAGCAUCAAGGCUGUUUACGUUUCUCAUUUACAUGCAGACCAUCAUUUAGGACUCGUUGGGAUAUUAAAGCAGAGGAAGCGCCUAACUGACGAACCUGUGUUUUUACUAGCACCACAACAAAUUUCUUGGUACUUGAACUAUUAUCACAGCAGAUUCGAGCCCAUCCAAGAUUUGUAUAGAUUAAUUUCUAAUCGAGAUCUAUUACUGAAUCAGACGAUUCUCUCAUCUGCAACGUCAAAGGCGUUGUACGAUAGCUUAGGUAUUGCGAACAUUAGCACAAUAAACGUCACGCACUGUCCAUUCGCGUAUGGUAUAGCCAUUACUUUGAAUGAUGGCCGAAAAACAUGCUACAGCGGCGAUACCGUACCGUGCGAAAACAUGGUGAAACUAGCUAAAGACAGUUUCCUGCUUAUCCACGAGGCGACGAUGGAGGAUGGCCUGGAGCAAGAGGCUGUUUUGAAACGUCACUCGACGAUUUCGCAGGCGGUGAGCAUAGGUGUAAAAGCCAACGUGAACUUUACACUCUUGACGCACUUCUCGCAGCGUUACAGCAAGAUACCUCGAUUGCCGUCCGUAGAACAAUCCGGCAUCGAUUUUGCUCGCGUUGGAAUUGCCUUCGAUUUUAUGAAGAUCAGCUUCGCGCAAUUGAAUUUAUUACCACUUUUCUAUCCCAGUCUUAACCUCAUGUUCAGCGAGUUUAAAGCGUUGCUCGACGAACGAGCGAGCAAACGCGAGUGGACGAAAGAGAAGAUAGUCAAAGCAGCUAGCUAAUAACUGACUGAUAAUGCACUGUAUAUUUCAACAAAAAUAAGAGGAGAGUGAUGUUGUCGGCGACAACUGCUGUUUUUAUUUUAUCUGCAGUGUUUGAUGUAGAGAGUUGUGUAGGACUGGAGAAGCUGUUGCAGUUACUCAAACAUUGGUGAAAAUGUUAAGCAGGAUUUUUGUUAAUUUUUUUUUUUUUUUUUUUUUUUGUAAAAUAAAUAUAUUUUGUACUCUAUAUUGUUUUUAAUGUUACAUAAUAACAAAAUAUUUUUAUUUUACUCUAUAUACAUAUAGAGGAGGUCGAUAAGAUGGAUGUAAAUAAUUGAAUAUUAUACCUUCCAUAAAAACCGUUUAUUACUUUUCGAUACGUCGUGUUAUUCAUUUUUUUUAUCGUUUUGUUCAUGCGUAGAAUACUUGACGUCCUUUGUAGACACACACGUAUGUAAGACAAUUGCGCGAGAUUACAGAGUAUCAUCUCCCAAUACCAAAACGAAUGACGCUAGAAAUAAAAUAUUUUGCUUACCGUUAAAUCUA